UCUAGCUCUCGAUCUACCGGCGCGCCUCCCAAGAUUGUCGUCAAGAAGGAGCCCGCCUCCCCCGGCAUGACCAACACGCGACCCCGGCCGCGAAGACUCGAUCUUUCAAAGAACACACUCAAAUCGAACCAGCCCGCCUCUGCGCGGCCGAUGACCGCCCGCGACGGCCUCGGUAUCCAGGAAGUCGGUAUUGCGUGUCUCUCUCCUGGCUUUGUCACCCAAGACCCCGUCAUGAAGGAGCAGCUCCAGCGAAGUAUGUCAGUUCGAGAGCAGCAGCGACACAUUAUCGAAGCGAGACUGCACCAACAGUCUGCCAAGGGUGACGGCUCCGACAAGGAUCCCGUCUCCCAGUUCUCCGCCAAGACGCCUGGCAUGUCGCGAAGAAACAAGGCCCCUCCAGGCCUCUCUAUUGUUGCUCCCUCUCACGAGCAGUUCGCCAACGAGCGAGUUAUCCAGUCGGCGCCUCUUGGCCACAGCUUCACUGGUCGACAGCAUCCUGCUCCUAUGACCCGACAUAUCGCCAACCAGCCCUCUAACCUGUCAAGCACCUCGCACAUCCACCACGUCCCUGCUAACCAGACCAACAACCGUCUGCCACCCAUCAGCGACGUCUUUGGCCAGGGCCUCUCAGCGCACCCCGACAAUGCUCCUCAGUCCCUCUACCCUAGCGGCCCCAGCUCCCGUGGACCUCUAACGUCUCCUGGACACCCUCCUCUUCCCCAGGCCCCGACCCCCGGCCGUAGCCGCGAGUACAGAUCUGCCGAGGAGGCUCAGCAAGACCUUGCCGGUGGCCGACCUGAACUUCUUCCCAAGCUGGUCCACUACGGCGGACACCAGCCCCCGACACCUCCCUCUCCCGCUCCUGGAAGCCGGCCUAUUGAGGCCUCACGAAGUGCCAGCAAGCGACGGACCCGAGCCGAAUAUGAGGACGGCAGCCCUCCCCUAGGCCACGGACCUGCUCCCACUCGCCGUGGACCCUUUGGUGCCGGACGCGACAGCCCCGAAACUCAGCGACAGAAGAAGGAGGAGUUUAUCCGAUUAUGUGAACGGGCUUGGGAUCUAUUCCACUCGUAA